ACGAAUAUACAAACACAUGUUAAGUCUGAAGGAACCAUACCUUGUUAUUUGACGAUAGAAGGAAACUGCACGCGAGACAUGAACAAGACGACAAUUAACCUGAAGGGUUCCCGACCUGUUGAAGUAACAGGAGGCAAUGCUGCAGCACUGAGGGAGAGACCGAUGUAUCCAGGGGAGUUGAAUAAUCGUCUCGGUUUUAUGAGGCGACAGUAUGGUAGUGAUUCGAGCGAAGAGCGGGUACCAAGUAUUGCAGACUACGAUCCGAGUGUACCGGACUUUGAGGAGAACCCACAAGCCACCUUGAGGCCUUAUCCUGGUGUUGGUGGUGGUGGUGGUGGUGGUGGUGGUGGUGGUGGUGGUGGUGCUGCUGCUGCUGGAGGUACCGGUGGUGGUGUUGGAGGUGCAGGUGGUGGCAUAGAUCGGGGAGAAGCUAGUGAGGGUGGAGCAGGAGAAACAUUUGGUACCGGAACUGGUGGAGGAACAGAAGGAGCAGGUGAAGGGGGAGCCGGUGGAGGUGCAGCUGAUGGAGGUGCGGGUGCGGGUGGGGCAGCAGGAGGAGGCACAGACCAGCCCAACCGCGACAGCCACCAAGGCCUGGUACCGGUACGGGAGCCGGUCCCCAAGUUCCUCUAA